AUGUACCUGGCAGGUCUCGUAGCGGACAAGGGACCAGGAUCGUGUCUAUUGGCCUUCUGCAAGGGGCAGGUCAUCAGGGCAAGGGGGUUGUCUCGUCGUGUGAAUAAUUCUUGGCAGUUACAAGGGACACUCGAAGCCGUUGCACACCACCGUGGAGUGUUGCAACACAAUCCUCAGCCGCGCACCCUGGGCGAUAUUGUGUACAGCGAGUGCUACUGGAACGAUGUCAACGGGUCACGAGUCCUCCGCCGGGCAUGGGAUGGUGCGAGUCGUACCGAGUCGUUGACAGAUGGUUCGAGUCAGCCGCUUCUGAGACUCACGUACGACCACAACGGACACCCGACCUCCAUUACCUUGGGCGAUCACCUGUCCUCGCUCAAUGUCACCUACGAUAGGUUCGGCCGCGUGGAGGCGCGCCAGUGGGACGACUCCAGCGAGACCUACGAGUACGACGCCCACGGCCUCCUCUCCAGCGUGGCCGGAAGCGGCGCCCGCGCGCCCUUCACGACCAGCUACACCUUCGGGGAGAUCAGACUGCCCGUGACCAUCACGCUGCCUUCGGGCCGCACGUGGGACCUCCACUACGACGAGCGGGGCGGCCUCAAGUUCGUGACCACGCCCACGGGGUCCGCCCACUUCUUCUCCAUGCAGCCGUCCUUCGGGUACUUCAUCUUCACGUACACGCCGCCCGGGUCCACGCACUCGUACCGCCAGUACCUGGACCACGCCGGCCGCCUCCUGCUGACCACGUUCCCCGCCGGCGCCGCCAAGGUGCUCUACACGUACACGGAGGCGGGGCAGCUGAAGGAGAUCGUGUCGGGCGACGGCAAGACGCAGUUCGCCUACGGCAGCGACGGCCUCAUGUCGGAGACCACACAUGAGGAAGCUUUUUUAGAGUACAAGAUGGACAUGCUGUACACGGGGCGCCUCCUGCAGGAGCACCGUAUCGACUACGGCGCCAGAACCGGACUGAGCAACGUUAAGUUCACGUACGAGUACGACUCCAACUUCCGCGUGACGAGUUUCGCCGGGCGCAUCGGCGGCCAGAACCUGGCGCCGUUCGCCUUCGCGUACAGCGCGGCCACGGGCGGCCCCUCGCAGAUCGGCCACUUCUCGGUGGCGCGGCCGCGGCUCAACGAGACCGCCAUCCAGGACGGCACCGCCAUCUUCUCGCGGCAGCUGAACGCGCACCUGCAGGUGGCCGAGUCGUCGGUGACCAUCCACAACAUGCAGGUGUUCAAGCUGCAGAUCCUGUACAACUCGGACGGCAAGAUCAAGCAGACCAACACGUACACGCGCAACUUCCACACGAAGCCCUACACCAACACCAAGAACUACACGUACGACGCGGACGGCCAGCUGACCAGCGUGGAGGCCAAGGAGCCCUGGAGCUUCACCUACGACGCCAACGGCAACAUGCUGUCGCUCACGUACUCCACCAACACGAUCCCCAUGAAGUACGACUCGCAGGACCGCAUCGUCAAGUUCGGCGAGGGCGUCUACCGCUACGACUCCCGCGGCGCCAUCGUGCAGAACGCCCGCGAGGUGACCUACCAGUACAACGCCCGCGGACUCCUCGUGCGAGCCGCCAAGUCCGGCCGCUUCAACAUCAGGUACAUGUACGACCACGAGAACCGCCUGGUGGCCCGCAAGGACAACUUCGGCAACGUGACCCAGUUCCUGUACACGGACCAGCGGCACCCGGACCAGGUCACGCACAUCUACAGCCCUCGCGACGGAAAUCUCAUCAGCCUGGUCUACGACGACCGAGGACACAUCAUAUUCGCGCAGGUUUAUCGGAACAAGUACUACAUCGCGACGGACGAGUGCGGAACCCCCGUGAUGGUGUUUAACCAGUAUGGCGAGGUCGUCCGUGAGAUGAUGCGCUCCCCUUACGGACACAUCAUGUACGACUCCAAUCCUUACCUGUACUUACCUGUGGAUUACUGCGGCGGAUUACUCGAAACACGGACCGAACUCGUCCACAUGCCCCGGGGAAGGAUUUACGACCCGCUCAUUGGCCAAUGGCUUUCACCGGCUUGGGAAGAUGUGCCAGGCAGCGUCCUCUCUCCGGCUCGCCUCACGCUCUACCGCUUCAACGGGAACGACCCUAUCAACGUGCAUCUGAGGCACUGGAAGAACUACGACCACAAGGCUUGGCUCUCUCGUCUCGGCUACAACCUGGAGAGUUUGGCUCCUCAGCUAGCGUGGGCUUACACACCUAAUCCACCGUCACUGUGGGAAGCUUUUACCCACACCCCAGCCACCCCCACACGUGCGGCUGUGUCCCCUUUCUCGGAACAGGUUCAGGGCGUCCGGUGCGUGAGUGGCCUCGUGCUGACGCUGCAGGAAGCGGCAAGGACCACGGCGCGCCUCUCGACUCUCACCCCAACACGUCUCAGACAUGACUUCUGGCCGCAGACUCACAAGAUCGAGAUUGCGAGCGUCCCAGGUCCCUUCGGCGUCGGUCUUCUGGUCUCUUCGGUCGACGGUCGAGCGAUGGUCACGGCCACGGACCUUGCCAACCCGAUCUUCAGGGACGUUCUCACCUCCGUCUUCAAUAAUUCUUUGUUGUUGGACAUCACCCUCACAACCCACAACACUCAUGUUUUCUACUUCGUUAAGGAAAACUUCUGGAAGGCUUCGGAGGACAUGACGCAGCUGAACCGACUCGGGGGCGAAGUGAACAUCACGGUCCACGAGCCCUCGGCCUCCGCGCCCCUCCAGGCUGACGAGGAGAAGAACGACAACUUCGUGGACGUGAAGUUGCACAGCGCUUGGGCCGUCGUGCACAUCCGCUACGGCACCACAGUCGUCCAGGAGAAGAAGAGGUUGCUCAAGCACGCCAAGAAGGUGGCGAUCCGGCGCGCGUGGUCGGAGGAGCGCGAGCGGCUGUCGUCCGGCCUCCCCGGCUCCGUCGAGUGGUCGUCGAGCGAAACCGAGGAGCUGCUCUCCCGCGGCUCCGUCAGCAGCUACACCGCCAAAUACCUGUACCCGCCCGAGGAGUAUCCGGCCCUGCUCGACGACCCCACGAACGUCCGCUUCUUCAGGAACACGAAGCGGACCAGACGGAACUCGAAGACGCGCCGCUCCCACCGCUGCCGCAAGUGGUGGCGCGGGCUGUGCUAGACCACGUGGGGCUCUCCCUCCGCGCCCCUCCCCUUCCCCCUGCUCCCUCCUCCCCUCGCCGCGAUGGGCGCCGCGCGGGGGCGAGCGAGAGAAAGAGAGGGAGAGAGACGGAGGGAGAGAAGGGAGAGAAAGAGGGAGGGGGAGCACGUGCCACGCGAACUUUACCGCUCAUUUCGUCCUAGUUUUCUCGACUCUUAAAGGGUGUUGGAGAGAGGAAGAGGAAGGCCUUCGGCAGGCGGCUCCUGGCGACGCUGUGGUGGCCAGCGAAGGAUUUUUUAAAAGGAGAUUCUGCCUGGAUUACAUUUCUUCUUAAUUUUCUCUUCGGCCUAAGAGAUUGAAAGAAAUGCAUUUGAAACUUUUUGUCAGUAUAUUAAAGCGAUCUCUCUUUUCUCUUAGCUUGAUGGACUCUUUCGACUAGAGCUCUCCAGGUGUGUUUGUGUAACUGACAUGUUGUGUGAUCAUUUGUAAAUAUUAAACGAGGAUUUUUUUUGCGUCGAAGAAAGAUGAAAUGGAGUUCCAUGGUCGAAUGGAAUACGGCAAAGCCUAACAUUCCGUGUAUUGAAGUGGCUUUAUUUUACGGCAUUUGAUGAUAAACCCAAAUGGCAUUCUGAGGGCAUAGGGCACUUUGUAACAAGUACCCCGUGCAAUGUGCACCUUUCUGGCACUGCGAGACUGUACCUUGCACAAGGAGCGGACAAUAAAAAGGUCGCUUUGCUUGAGUGGAAGCAGAGGGUCAGAACAACGAAAUGCUAUUGAAGAGGAAAAGGAUGAAUACAUAUAUAGAUAAAGGAAUAAAGUGUAAGAAGAUAUUUAUAUGUGAUAAUUCACGAGUCCGUGUGAUAAGAGUCACCGCCACUUUGAUUAUUUAAUGUCUGCAUUUACAAGUGAUCGUCGUGUUUGUGUACAUGAUAAGCACAUGUACAAAGUGCGUGCAGUACAUCAGGAAAGGACCAGUUUAUGAUGUCUCUGGACCGGGAAGGUUCCAGUGCAAGAUGUAGUGCACGUGCAUUGGUUGCAAAUUAUCUACACUACAGUGGUUUGUAAGUGCGUUGGCACUGGAAGUGCCACAGGGGUCAGUCAGUGUUGGUACAUUACUUCCGGCUUGUGUGCCGGUUCUUGGUGUGCUAGAUAUCGCACAGUCAAAUUUAAAGUAGAAAAAAAGACUUAUGCGGUAUAUCCAUGUUGCAUUUCACGCACUGAGUGUUGCAAGAAUUGCUAAACGAAUUACUAGUAUUUAGGAGAGUGAUUCCAGUGCACAUCCUCGCCUGACGAAGGCAGGUUGGUCCCCUGUCAACCCUCACCGUAGAGAAGGAGAUAUCAAAGAGCUUUUCACAGUAGUACUUAUGUACAUACAUAAAUGUACGUACAUAUAUACACACGAGCAGAUACAUACACACACAUAAACUUAUAUGUAUACAUACAUACGUACAUAUAUACAUACAUCCACACAUACGUACAUACAUGACAUGCAUUUUCAAAUGCAUAUGAGUGCAGGUAAAUGCGCAUGCGUGAACGCGCGUCAAAACACACACACAAAACACACACACACACACACACACACACACACACACACACACACACACACACACACACACACACACACACACACACACACACACACACACACACACGCAUUGAGGCACGGAUUCACGUACACAUUCACGCACGCACACCACACAUACACACACGGAAAUCGAUGUAUUUGUAUGUUUACAUGUAAUUAUGCAUGCAUAUGAAUGUAUAUAUUUAUGUAUGCAUAUAAAUGUAUGUACGGUGUGCUGUAAGCACGUAAUUAUGUGUGUAUAUGUA